UCCCGAUGUAUAUGUGAUAUCCAAAUAGAAACUUUGCUACUUCCUGUUUUGUGGGUUAAGAGUAAAAAUGGAUCAUUUUUUGUGAUUCUACAGAAAGUCUAAUGUCACCCAACAAUGUUUAGAUGUUCGGUUUAUUUUUAUCAUCCUAGCUCUGAACUGAAGGGAGGGUGACCAACACAUCUAAAUAUUAAAAAGACAAGACAGGUUCUCAAACCACAGGUCGCAGAUAUACCUGUCAUCUAGACAAACAAAGAUGUGCCUCUGCUGUGGUUUUCCGGUUAUUAUAUUAGAUUGUAAAUUGUGAUGCAGGAAAGAUGGAAUUUUUGCCAUCAGAGACCCAAUUUUCUUAUAGAUGAUGUCUUUUUUGUUCUUUAGCUUUCAUCUUAUCCUUAAAAGAAUAUUUUCUAGGCUUUUUCCAUAAUGACUUAUUUUGCAAGUACAAAGCUACAAAUCUCCUUUUCUUCUGCAACUGGAUUCAGACACAGAUAUAUAAGCUAGGAGAAGACAAGAAGGGGAUUACUUUUUGGAAAGCAUAGAAAUGCCACUUUUAGCCUGCAACUACUUCUUGCCUUCCUCAGAAGUUAAGAAAUGGAAUGAGAUUAUCAGGAAGCAAAUGCAUAUGGGUAAUGGCGCACAAGCUAUUUUGACUUAUUUGAAAGUUCAAGAACUUGGCUUUCAUGCUGAUAACUAUACAUUUCCUAUUUUACUCAAAGCAGCUGGGAGGAUUUGUGCCUCUAAAAUUGGGUUUGCUCUUCAUGGCCAGACCAUAAAGACUGGUUUUUGUGCCCAUGCUUUUGUCCAAACUGCUCUGGUUAACAUGUACGGAAAUCUUCAUUGCAUUGGUGAUGCUUUUAAAGUGUUUGAGAUUAUGCCUGUGAAAGACUUGAUUGCUUGGAAUUCUAUGUUAGACGCAUAUGCUUCUAAUGCCCAGAUGGAUUAUGCUUCUAAUUUGUUCAAUUCGAUGCCUUUAAAGGACAUCUCAUCUUUUAAUAUUAUGAUUUCUGGGUAUUCAACCAGAGGAGAAGCAAUGCUGGCUAGGAGUAUCUUUGAUUCAAUGGAAGUGAGAGAUUUUGUUUCUUGGAACUCAAUGAUAUCAGCGUAUAUCAGAGCUGGAGAUAUGGAGAAGGGUCUUGCAUUGUUUAGAGAAAUGCCAGUAAAAAAUACUGUUACUUGGAAUACCAUGAUAACAGGAUGUUUACAAAGUGAACAUUUUGGUAUGGUUCUUGAUUUGUUCGAAGAAAUGAAGACCGCAAAUUACAUACCUGAUUAUCUUACAGUGACUAGUGUUUUAUCUACCUGUGGCCAUUUGGGAUCAUUGGGAACAGGAAUUAAAAUCCAUAUAUAUGCUAUUGAUAAUGGGCUUGUAUCAAGUCCCCAUGUCACAACAGCUUUAAUUGAUAUGUAUUCUAAAUGUGGAAGCAUAGAACAAGGUUUACAUGUGUUUUGUAAAUCCCAAGUUAAAGAUAUCUAUUGCUGGAACGCCUUGAUCUCUGCGCUUGCACUUCAUGGUCAUGGCUAUGCUGCUCUCAAAGUAUUUGGGAAGAUGAGGAAAAACCAUAUACAACCUGAUGAUAUUACCUUCAUUGGUAUAAUUAAUGCUUGCAGCCAUUCAGGUUUGGUGCAAGAGGGCUGUCAAUUGUUUGUAUCCAUGCAAGAGGACUUUGGAAUAUCCCCCAAGUUGGAGCACUAUGGAUGCAUGGUUAACCUUCUUGGCAGGAGUGGGCAUCUUGCUCUUGCACUUCAGGUAAUUGAAACUAUGCCAUUUGAACCAGGAGAAUCCAUCCUAGGUGCUUUGCUUAGUGCCUGUAUAAUUUAUCAGGAUCUUGAGACUGGUGAAAGAGUGAUAGAGCUAGUUUGUUCCAAAGCUCAUUACCUUAGUGAUGGUGAGCUGAUGAUGUUCUCAAACUUGUAUGCAUCGUGUGGUAAUUGGGAAGAAGCAAACAGAUGGAGGGAGAUGAUGAACAGCACAGGCAUUGUUAAAACUGCUGGAUACAGUGUAAUUGAAGUGAGUGGAAGAUUCCAAAAGUUCUUGGCUGGUGAAGUGGGCAAAAGUUUAACAUAAAUGCUGCUAAUAUAUUUCCAUUACAUGACA